AUGAAUAACGCCGAAAAUUUUAGAGAAGAAAAAAUUUAAAUCUCUGAAUCUCAAGUUGCUCCUUAAGACAUAAUCUAAAUUAUUUAGAAUAAAUAUGCAAGAAAGCAAAAUUAAGAUAAAAAAUGUAUAAAUAGAUACAAUGUUAGAGAUAAUCAUCAAUGAAAUUCCUGAGUCUUCAAAAAUAAUUGAUUCUACACUUCAAAAAUAAGAUAGCUAACAAUAAUUAAUAUUUCAAAAAGACAUUUAUGAAAGAAGUUGAGAUAUAUUUAAAUUUAGAUUCAUUUAAGAGUAUUGGAUGUAUUUGUAGAAUAUGUGAAUUUCCAGAAUAUAGAGAUAAUCCUCUUAUUAGAGUAUGUAAAUGUAUUAGAUCUCAAAAAUAUGUUCAUGAAUAUUGCUUGAAAAAACAAAUAAUCUACAAAUAUCGAAACAAACUGCAUGAAGCAAAAUGUGAUAUAUGUUCAGAUACAUAUUAAAUGGAACUUAAGAUUGAAAGAAUUUUCUCUCCUGUAAGUGAUAAUUUUACUAACUAGUAAACUGCAUGGUCAUAAAGUAAAGAUAAACUACCUUUAUUUUGUUUAUUAGUCUUUUUGGUUGUAAUGAUAGUUGUUGUAAUAUUACUAGGGAUUAGAUUGUAUGAAAUUAUUGUAAUUUAGAACAGAGGCUAAUUAAAUUACUGAUAGAAAAAACUUUCUAGACUCUCAAUCUUUCUUAAUAAUCUUUAUUGUCUUCGCCAUGAUUAUUAUUUUGGUUUUAUUAUGGUUAAUUGCUAUGAUUAUCAAGGGAUUGUUAAUUGUAGAAAGAAUUUUAUAUUGGAAAUUAAUAGAAUAUAAACCACUCAAGAAAUCUAUACUAAAUAAAAACAUUUUGAUAUCUGAUAUCAAAUAAUCUUUUCGAAAAUCUAAACUAUUUGGAUAAUAAGAAACAACUUAAAACAGAAAAAAUAAACAUUUAGGCACUUUUAAAAUAGAAUAAAAAAAUCCAAAUCAAGUAGAUUAAUCAAUUGACGUUGGUGAAGUAUCUACAUAGAGAAAUUAACCAAAAUAAGUUACAAAUAAUAUUCUUAGUAUUUAAACUGAUCCUCGAUCUACUAGAAGAGCAAGAUUUUCAAUCAUUUGA